UUAUUGAGACAGGACGCUGGGUGUCAGGCGCAGUCUGCACUGAGCUCGGUGUUGUUAUUCCGGUCAGAGGCGGCAGGAGCUGAGGUGAUGUUUCCCGCCCCUCCACUGCGCGGCGGCCGGCCAUGUUGCCUCGCGUUGUUCCGGUAUUCCGCACUUUAUCCACCAGCCUGAACCGCCGCUGUUCUCACUCGCUAAAGGAAGAAAGCGACUUAAACGGUGCGAAUAAUGGAUUUUUCUUUUUUUCUUUUUACAACUCGACGACUUUGGACGUUACCUUGAACAGUAGAUAGUUUGCUGCGUACCUCAUAGGUCGUAUUUUUUUUUUUUUUACCGAGUAGCGCCUGUACUCGGAUCUGGGCGGACUGUGGAGGAAUCUUUGAGUUUUUUGGGGAUCUGCCCGUCUGAAGGCUGGAAGGCUGGAUGGCUAGCUAACAGUUGCUAGUGCUCGUCUGUAUUAGGUUAGCUGCUUCAGUUCCGCGGUACACCCCUGUAGUUAGUGUCUUACAUUAGGGUUAGUCAGCUGCAGACGCGUUGACGUUGAUUUUCUCGACCGGUAUCGGUUUCGUUUAAGGUCGCGCUGAUUUGUUUGCUUGUCAUUGUGUGUGUUUUUUUUCCGCAGCGAUUGUCAAGUUAAGGUGAGCUAGCUGGCUAGCUAACAUUACCUGCUCCCAGUCUGGCCUGACAUACUUGAUUUUAAUCGUCCAUGUACCAGGAAAAGAUUCAUAAAAACUUUACACAUCUCUUUUUAUCUCUCCUUUUUCAAGAAUGGGUGCUAUAAUGGCUUUGACAUGUUGAUAUGUUUCAGACAUAUUGAAGUUACCCAGGCAGCGUUCAGGCAGAUUUCACUCGGUCUUCUACGUUAAAUCGAAUUAAUUAGCUUAGUAAAGUUCACGAUAACUAAACCAGCGUUGUACUGAACUGUUUGACAGCAUUUUAGAAAUAGCUACCAACAGUUUAAAGAGUGGUAUUUUUAAUAACCUGCUACACUGUUGACAUGGACACGUAACUGAUGUGGGACUGGACUUGUUGAUCUGUGUGUGCGUGGCUAGCUAGCGUUAGCUGCCUCUUUCACAUCCCUGCUGGGGGAAGCCCAGAAAAUCUCUCACACACGCUUAUUAAAUGCGUGAUUAACUCCUCUUUACGCUCGGCCACAUCUCUGACAACUCCUCACAAAUGUCCACCCGGAAUCAAGGAUUAGGAGUCAUCGAACAUUCUUCUGGACAGACCCCCAUAGACGCCAAAACAGGAGGACGUUCAAGCAUGUCACGAAGCCGCAACACGACCACCAUGACAACGGAUGAGCAUCCACACAUCGGAAACUACCGUCUGCUCAAAACCAUCGGCAAGGGCAACUUUGCGAAAGUUAAAUUGGCCAAACAUGUCCUCACAGGAAAAGAGGUGGCAGUGAAAAUCAUAGACAAGACACAGCUCAAUUCUUCCAGUCUUCAAAAACUCUUCCGAGAAGUGCGAAUCAUGAAGCUUUUAAACCAUCCAAAUAUAGUGAAGUUAUUUGAGGUGAUUGAGACAGAGAAGACACUGUAUUUGGUUAUGGAGUAUGCCAGUGGAGGUGAGGUUUUCGAUUACCUUGUCGCUCAUGGAAGGAUGAAAGAAAAGGAGGCUCGUGCCAAAUUUAGACAGAUUGUUUCUGCUGUGCAGUAUUGCCACCAGAAGUGCAUUGUACACAGGGACCUAAAGGCUGAAAACCUUUUGCUAGAUGCAGAUAUGAACAUUAAGAUAGCAGACUUUGGUUUCAGCAACGAGUUUACUGUGGGAAAUAAGCUGGACACAUUCUGCGGCAGCCCCCCCUACGCCGCUCCUGAGCUCUUUCAAGGCAAGAAGUACGACGGCCCCGAGGUUGAUGUCUGGAGCUUGGGGGUCAUUCUCUACACACUGGUCAGCGGUUCCCUGCCCUUUGACGGACAGAACCUGAAAGAGCUUAGAGAGCGUGUAUUGAGGGGGAAGUACAGGAUUCCCUUCUAUAUGUCUACAGACUGUGAGAAUCUACUGAAGAAAUUCCUUAUUCUCAACCCAACCAAAAGAGGCAGUCUAGAGCAGAUCAUGAAGGACCGCUGGAUGAAUGUGGGUCAUGAGGAGGAGGAAUUAAAGCCCUACAUAGAGCCCCAGCCUGACUAUAAGGACCCCAAAAGAACAGAUAUAAUGCUACAAAUGGGCUACACACAAGAGGAAAUUCAGGAUUCACUUGUCAACCAGAAAUAUGAUGAAGUUAUGGCAACUUACCUGCUGCUUGACUAUAGGAACUCUGAGCUCGAUGAGAGUGUCAACAUGUUGAUCAAACCACGACCAGGAAGUGACCUCACAAACAGUAAUGCACCUUCUCCACCUCACAAGGUACAACGCAGUGUGUCAUCUACUCAGAAACCACGAAGGCCCACAGAUCAGGUCACAUACUCUAAAAGGCCUCAAGGGGAUAACAAGUACACAGCUGAGGAUUCUGGGCGGAAAGGGUCCAGUAGCUCAACCAAAGUGCCACCCAGCCCCGUCGUCCCAGGAGACAGCAAAAAGAGCUCCACACCCUCCACUAACAGUAUCCUGUCCACUGGCACAAGCCGCAGCAGAAACUCUCCUCUCACUGAGAGAUCCUUGCUGGGAGUCCAAAACGGCAAGGACAGCCUGAACACACCCGGGUCCCGCGCCUCCACGGCCUCGGCCGGCGCCGUACUCACAUCGUCCUCGUCCUCACGUUCCCGUCAUCACAAGUCCAUGUCCUCCUCAGCCCACCCUUGCCCCGCUGACCUACACGCACACCAGCCCAGUGGUCCUCCCCAGAGAGCACCUGGUGCAUCACCGUCAGCUUACAACAUCAGCAGCGCUACAGGGCCGGAGCGUACCAACUUUCCGCGAGGGGUGCCCGCUCGGAACACCUUCCACAUCGGUCAGCAGAGAGGGGCACGGGAUCAGCAAGGCUCACCAUAUCACGCUCCUCCAGCCUCGCCUUCCCUGUCUCAUGGCACCAGCCAGCAGCGGAGACCCCCAACCUCAGGCAUCUUCAGCAAGUUCACCUCCAAGUUUGUGCGCAGAAAUCUAUCAUUCAGGUUCCCCAGAAGGAGCCCAUAUGAGGGAGAGAGUCGAGACGAGGGCAGCAGAUCCAUGCUGAGCAGCGCCGACAAGGCAGAGAAGACUGGAGUAGGAGGUGGGACGCUUGGCUCAGGUGGUGGGGAUGAAAACAAGGACUCACUCUCCUCCUCCUCUCCAAGGGGUGGAACUCCGCCCCCGUCUGCGAAGGACAACACCAAACCUCGCUCGCUGCGCUUCACCUGGAGCAUGAAGACCACUUCGUCCAUGGAGCCCAGCGAGAUGAUGAAGGAGAUCCGUAAGGUUCUAGACGCUAACAGCUGUGAAUACGAAGUGCGUGAGCGCUACAUGCUCUUCUGCAUGGCUGGCAACCCCUCCCGGGAUGACUUCGUCCAGUGGGAGAUGGAGGUGUGCAAGCUACCCCGCCUGUCCCUCAACGGCGUGCGCUUCAAGAGGAUUUCCGGCACUUCCAUCGCCUUCAAGAACAUCGCUUCCAAAAUUGCCAAUGAGCUCAAACUAUGAGGGGGGAGAGCGAGGGUUAAAGGGGGGCGGGUGAUGGUUAGAGAUGGUGAUGUAGGGGAAAACGGGAAGGCAGGCAGUAACCACUGAAAUGAGUUGUGAGAUACUAAAUGGACAGAUAUUACGGUUUUGUUGAAAUAAGCUGUACAGAUACUACAUGCUGAAAUACAGUGUGAGGUAUGAGAGAAAAAAGUGCUGUAUAUGUUGAUUUUGCUGGUUUCAGGAUCACUAGCCUUUACUCUCAUUUAUCAGUCCAGAAAGGGGGUGAAAGGAAAGAAACACAGUUGUUUUACUUUUGUCCACUAUGAGAAGAUCCUGAUUUGAUAAACUCUCCUGAGUUAUGUGAACUCGUUUUGGUCUUCAACUCAUCACUCACGCACUGGGCAUCCGGACAGAGUUUGUUAUCUGCACAUGUUUUCAUUUGUUUUGCUGUGUGGACUGGGGUCAGAGUUUGCCCACAAACCCACUCUCACCCAACACUUCUUCCUUUUUGUUCUGUCAGCGGGGUUAAACCUCAUCAGCACCUGAAAAGAGGGCCAUCACUUGAAUACCACUCAAGGGAUCGUUAUGCUUUGGGUGAUUUAGUUCUUCAUUGACUGGGUUGUGUUUUGUUGCACUGGAAUGGGUGUAUUUUUGUUGUCUUUUUUCCCCCCUUUCUGAAGAGAAAUCAAAUGUAUUUCAGUGUUGUAAAAUCAGUGAUUUAUGCAUUGUUAUCCUUAGGAUAUUUUUUUUUCCUUCUUGUGGUUUUAAAACCCCUUUAUGUCUUGCUGUAAUGAAUGCCACACAAACAAUAGACUCCAACAAACCUCCUGUUCCCCUUGGACUAAACAAUCACUGGAAAAGACACUGCAAAAGAGGACUACAUCACCUGUAUCAGCACAGCUGUCAUUAUGAGACUGAUAUCUAAAUGCCUGUUUGGGUUUCAUCUGUUAGCCCACCUUCCAAAUCCAGGACGCCUUCGCCUGAAAGCUGCAGUGGUUUGGUAGCAAAUGAAAUGAGUCCCGCCAUCACUUUGAGCAUUACCCUUUUCAUGCUUGUCCCCUUCUGUCAUGUGCAUUAGUCUGAAUGAGAGUGAAUCAUCUGUGUAUAACCAAAAGGUUGCUUUGGGCUUUUUGUCUUGACCUUCAUGCAGUGAUUGUAUUAAGUAGCAGCAAGCCCACAGAGAACUACACAUCAGGAGCAGAUGGUCUGACUACCACUUAGUUUAAAUGGGUUAUCAUCAUUUUGAUCAGUUUUGAUAUUCUUGCUCAGGCAUUAGUAGAGCCAGCUGAGAAAGGUAGAUGUGUGUGUGAGAAAGGUGAGCUAUGCCUCGUCUUUCCACUGAGCUAUACAUGUUUUGCAUGCAUGGAUACACACUCGGUUAUUAUUGAAACAGUAGGGGGAGCAAUGGAGUCUCUUCCAAGUCUGUAAGUGGUUUGUGGGACACUUGUGCUCCUCUGUGUUUUAUAUCUUUUUUUCAGAAAAUGAUGUUUUUAAUGUCACGUUAUUUGCAGUUCUAUGAAUGAUCAUUGUCUAAGGUGCUGGGGAUCCAAUUGUCAUUGUUAUCUAUUAAUAUAAUUUUUCUUCAGGGUUGAUUUUUAUUUCAUAUCAUUUUUCAUUGCUGUAAUUUUAAUAUUUUUCUUUGUCAGUGCUGAUGUAUGUCAGGGAUAGAAAGAACUCCAAAUGUACAUUUGGUGCAAAGAGAGAUGAUUAUGAUCAAUGAUAGUAAUAAAUGAAUGAUGAAACUUCAAACUGCAUAGGUAAUGAUGCAAAAAGAACGACUCUUUCUAGUAGCACCUGAAUCACUUGAUGGUGAUUGAGGGUCUGAGGUCCUGAACACAAACACUACUGGAUGUAGAUUUUGGUCAUUUCACUUUAUUCUAAAAAGAAAAAGAAAAAAAUACAACCAUAUCCAAGUUCACCUGUAAACAUUUCUCAUAUACAAAGUUUUGGUGGAAAUGGAAAACUCCACUGGCACAAACUAUUAACUUUAGUGUUGCAACAUCUUACACAUUUUGCCUCCAGGAGCAAGAAAGUUGACUGAAGAAUCAGUGUCCUUCAGUGUUUGUGCAAGAAAAAAAAGUCAAGUAUUUUGGGUCAUUUAGUGCUUUAAUAUUAACUACUUCUACAUAAUUACGAUCUACUAAUAUUUCAGGGACUCAGUAAUAGAAAUUUAAAAAAAAAAACUGCUUCACUAAGCUCAGUUCUAGUAAUACA